GUUUGUCCCGUCCCGAGGAAUAAAGAAGAAGAGGAGAUAAUCAAAGAGCAGGAAAGAAACAGAGAACAAAUGGAAGAGAUCAUGAGGGAGAUUGAAAUCAGUUGUUUAGGUGAGUGAUAAAAAACCAUGGGAUGAAUAAUUAAGUACAAGUAAAAAUAACUUAAAGAGAAUUGGGGUCGUUUUUGUUAUACAAAGAACAAAGUAAUUUAUGCAUUUCUGCACCCGUUCUCUUCGUUGGAAGCGUUGUCGCUCAUGGGACGAAAAAAAUCCGGCGCGGAUACCAGGGGGGGGGGGGGGGGGUGUACUCCGGAUUUCAAGGGACAGAUCCUAAGAGCUUUUGUUCCAACGCCCACUCUCCAUUGUAUAUACAACGCUCCUCAUUCAAUCUCAAUUCGAUUAUAGCGAUAUUGUCUGGGGUAAUUGUGGACAAACUAUGUUUGACAGGCUACAGAAGCUUCAGAACCGUGCUGCUCGUGUUCUAACCUUUUCUAGAUAUGAUGCUUAUGCCAACCGCUUAUUUAAACAACUUAAUUGGAAAGACUUGAGCACUCAGUUUCAAAUACAAAAGCCCUAAUGGUUCACAAGUCUUUAAAUGAUCUUGUUCCUGGAUAUUUAUCCUCUAAAGUGUUAAACGAUGUGAAACGCGCUACUCCCUAAGGGACUGUGUUAACAAACUGAGUGGAAACUAACUUCAUGAAGAACAGCUUCAGUCAAGCGGAGACGUGAUAUGAGAGGGCUAAAUUUUUAACAAUACCAAUUAACUACACUGAAGCACACGUACCAUCUCCGCGGUAUGACCAGUACCUUAUGCAUACGCACAACCAUAUCACCCGAGCAGUGACAACCAUGGACAGCUGGGCUGCCCUUAUUGGGGCUCACCAGCUUGGCAUAGCCGUUGGGUUAAUUAGCGGGGGGUAACCGGCGUAUCAAAGACCAUUUACAGCUGAGGCGAGUGCAAGCACUGCUUUAAUCGUCAGCUCCACCACAAGCAAGUGGUAGCUAUUGGUUGGGAACUGCAAAACAGUUCUCCCACGGCAUGCGUAUGGAGAUGGAAUAAAAAAAAUUGACCUGUGUGCCCAAAUAAAUUUGAAACAAUACCAAUUAACUGCAAUGAAGCACACGUAUCAACUCCGCGGCCGGUAUGGCCACUACCGUACGCAUGUGCACAACCAUGAGCCCCAAAAGGGAGAUACAGCUGUCCAUGGCUGCCACUGCCGGGGUGAUAUGGUUGUGCGCAUGCGUAAGGUAAUGGCCAUAUCGCGGAGUUGGUACAUGUGCUUCGGUGCAGUUAAUUGGUAUUGUUUCUAAGUCUUUAAGUCAAUUUAAACGAUUGGCUCGUCUGAAUUUCGCGGCAUUGAUGAAAAACAGGUUUUAGUUAGGCUAGUUAUAUAUAGUUUUGCAUAUUGUUUAGGGUAGUUAGGUUUAUUUAAGAUUUUUUAUACUCCUGAUGAAUUUUACCGUGUUUAAAUAAAGAAUUAUUCUUUUCUAUUCCUAUCAAUUGAAAUCCGGAGUACCCCCCCCCUCCCCCCGCCUACCCUCCUGGCGAGAAUGCAAAACCCGAAGUGACUGGACAGUGUAAAGGGGCACCCAACGGGAAAUUUUGAAACAACAACAAAGCGUGAAUAAAGCUUUCUGAAGCCAUUUUAAGCAUUUUGAGAGAUUGCCAGGAAAAAUUAAUCUGUUCCUCACUCUCAGAAAGACUGACGGAAUAGUUCCCAGCCAGCAAGGUGCACCGGCAACCUACAACCUGACUUACUGGAAGUUUCCCAACAGACGUAUGUCCAGACAUUACUGGCCAGUUUUGGUGUGGUCAUAGGGCAAAAUUCACCCCUCAGCAGUAGGGGUGGGGGAGGGGUAUCUGAUCCAUAACACAUAGUAACUAUUCUAAACAUCAAAUCCCCUCUCGGACAGGACAUAUUAUUUCUUCCACAUCUCCCAGCCAGCAAAAAUUGGCUUGAAGAACAGAUAUUUUGAGGAACAGAUCCUUUGGGUGCCCCUGAGUGUAGCCUAGCAGCACUAUACGAUGCGUCCUUUGGAGUGCAAAGUUUUUUUAUUGAAGUUUUGAGACUAACGUUUCAAGUCCUUUAACAAACUUGUUUAGUAAAUCACGCCCUGGUUGGUGACAUUGAACGAAGACAAGAGCCAUAAUAGUCCUAUUAUGGCUCUUGACGAAGAGUAUUCAUAAAUUAAAAUGAUUUGAACUCAAUUGAACUGUCGCAAAUAAAUAAUUUAAACAACUCUUGACAGGCUGAAAGUGAAAACGGGCUUUGCAGGUGGAUUACUUUACGUCAAAUAAAUUCUUAUAUCUAACUUCCACUUGCUGAUUUGUAGAUGAGUGUAAAACAGGACAACAUAACUGCCACGAUGAUGCAUACUGCACCAAUACCAAGCGUUCCUUCACUUGUACUUGUAAGCCUGGAUAUACUGGGGAUGGUGUUAACUGUGCAGGUAGCAAACCAUACGGAGCUUUAACUAACAGGAGUUCAAUCCUUAGUUUUAUGCUAUUCCAUACCAUAAAGAUUAGAGCCAGUCAGAAAGUUGGAAACCGGUUUCAUAUUUAGUCAGUGGUAUGUGUCAGAUCGGUAGUUUCUUUGUGUUGUGGACGGGUGCAACCACAAAAUAACGUAAUACAAAAGAUUAAAAAGACACUGAACAAUAUCUGCACCACAUAACAAUAGCUAACCAGUAAUAGUUUCCCCAUCACCAAGCAACACCCCACAGGUCGUAUCCACGAAAAAUGUCUGGUGUUAGUUACAGCCUCCAGAUUCCCCGUAGCCUGCGAAGAGGCUUACAUGUGCGAUUUCGAGGGAAAUUUGGGCGUGCACAUUUCCUAGCACUAUUAUUCUCGCCGGCUUUGUCUGCUCGAGCCGCCAAAAUUAAUUUCCUUUUCGCGGGCUAAAUUCCCCCAGUGAAUUAGCUUUCCAAGUGUGUAACAUGUAAAACUUUGGUUUAUCAUUUGUAUUUUUUUAGUUUUUUGGCAUUCAUUCUAACUUCCUUUUUUGUUUUGUCCACUAUAAAAAAUUAUCAUUCUAUAAAUAUAUGAUAUAUAUCUAUCCUCAUUGGAUAGAAUCGACACAAAAAUCGAACAAAGCCCGUUGAUAAUUCAGCAUUAACUCUUGAUUUGCAGACAUAAACGAGUGUAAAACUGGAAACCACCAAUGUGACGUCGAUAGUUCAGUGUGCGAUAACACUAAAGGAUCUUACAAGUGUGUCUGCAUAUGGGGUUUUUCCAAAAGUGGACAUGAACAUAAAUGUACAGGUAAAUAUACCACCAAGCACUUCAAGGUAUCAAUUGAAAUGGAUACUUUAAAAAUGUCUUCUUCUUUUGUUGGAUUUAAGUAGGGUGAAUCAGGUUGAAAUGAUGAAAGCAUCGUCAAAAUAAGAACGUAUACGGCAUAUUAUGAUGCUUAACAGAUCUACAGUUUGAUAAUUCAGCAUUAACUCUUAAUUUGCAGACAUAAACGAGUGUGAGACAGGAAAACACAAAUGUAACGCCACCAGUUCACUGUGCCAAAACACUAAAGGAUCAUUUAGGUGUGUUUGCAGGCAAGGGUAUUACAGAAGUGGACCUGAACAGAAUUGUACA